GGGUCGAUCCAAACAAAUUCCAAGCUCAGCCGCGUGCGUGUAUAAAUCCACACCACCUUUCCACCGGGACCUCCACCACCACCUCCUCCUCCUCGGACGAAAAGCUUAGAUCCAGAGCAGCUGCCACAGCACAAUCAUCGGGCUCGCGUAGAUCCAAAGUACAAAGCAAUCCAAGCUCAGCUGCGAAGGAGGAACAGCACACAGAUGGCGGCACUUGUCACUCCCGCGGGUUGUCCCACCGUGUCCGAGCUGGUCGUGCAGGGCCGGGACUCGGCCGCCGUCCUCGAGGCCCUGCUCCGGGGCGCGUCGUCCCCCGACAAUGCCGGGAUCCGGGAGCUCGCCGGGGAGAUCCUCCGCUGCUGCGACCGCGCGCUCGCCGCGCUCCACGCCGUCGAAGGCGCCGCGGUCGAUGUCUCCGGCGGCAGGAAGCGGAAGUCGGGACCCGGCGGCGCAGACAGCCUGACGAGGCCGAGAAGAAGGAUGCGCGCGAGCGGCGGUGAGAAGGCGGCCAGAGUCGAGAGGAGGCGGACGGCGGAGGACGGGUUCAUAUGGAGGAAGUACGGGCAGAAGGAGAUCCACAACAACAGGCACCCGAGGCUCUACUUCAGGUGCACCUACAAGCACGACAGCGGCUGCCCGGCGACGAGGCAGGUCCAGCAGGCGGAGGACGACCCCUCCCUCUACGUCAUCACCUACUUCGGUGACCACACCUGCUGCCAGGGCGACGCCGCUGGCGCCGUCCUGGAGGCCGAGGGCGUCAAGAUGCAGCCGUUCGUCAUCAACUUCGGGUCGGCCACCGCGAGCAGCGGCUCGCCGUGGCUCUCCUCGCCCAGCGACACCGACGACGUCCGGAGGAGCGACAGCGGGGCCUCAGGCUCGUCGCAGGCCGUGUGCUCGCCGGAGGAAUUCGAAGUGAAAGAGGCCAAAGUUGAGUCAACGUCGGAGGACUCACACGCGAUGGAUCCGGCGGCGGCGGAGCUGAGUUCGUCGGCCGACUUCUCUUGUGCUUCCCCGGCAUGGAAUUCUCUGUCCGGCUGCUUGGACUGGGACCACUUCGGCGACAGCUCGUUCGAUUGCGAGUUCAUGGAUUUUGACGCCAUUCCUCUGUUCCAAUAGCUUAGUUGCUGUUCUUGUUCUCUCAGCGCAGAUGUUUUUGUGAAAUAUUUGUCGAAAAAACUUGUCUCUUAGAUAAAUGUAUCAGUAGCACAAAUUAGCGCUACAUAUAUUUAUUUGAGGAACAAGUUUGAGACAAGCUUUUUCGGACGAAGAGAGCAUGCAUGUGUUUCUGUCUAUAUUUGUGCGUGGUAGCCGGUGAUGAACAACACGAGAGUGAGUGUUUGCACAAUCAUUUG